CUCUCAGUCCAAAGUCCAAGUCUUCCCCUUGGCUGGCUAUGAGAAUUCUACUAGAUCGAUAAAGCCCCAUCAUAGCUUUGCUUUUCGAGCGGUGCAGCUUUGGUACAUGGAGUAAGAAGCGGCACCAUCACUGUCGCGACAACGACGAGGACGCCAUGGACAACGGACAUCUGUCUCUGAGCACCGGCACCGGGCGGCGGCGCGACGAGGAGGUGGGCCGGCGCCGUGGUGAGAUCAAGGAGGUUGAUUUCUUCUCGGCCAGUGGCGAUACGGGUACCAGAUCUCGGAAAGUCGACGGUGGUGGCCGCAGGGUGAUGCAUGGCUGCCACAACGACGAAGUCCACACCGGGCUAGACUUGAUGACCACCGCCAUGGGCGCCGCUGGGCCGGCUACCGUCGGCGAGGAGAGAGCGGGGCUGAUGGUCGGGAUGGAGAACAACAAUAAAAUGGAGGCGGCGACGGCGGCUGUGAAAGCAAAGCUCCGGCGGGUGGUGGAGGAGAACCUGCGGCUGCGGGGCAUGCUGGAUGACCUCACCCGGAAUUACGGCGCGCUGUACAACCAGCUGCAGCAGGUCACUCGUCAUCAGCAGGGGCACCCUCAUCGCCAUCAUCCCGAUGUGCUCCUCAUGAACAACCAAUUACCACCAACUCUACACGUACUUCUCGGUCGUACCAAACCUCGAUCGAUGCAGUCCUACCUAACAAGAACGGGGGCACCGAACACGCCGACGACGACGCAACAAUUCUCCACGCCCAUGGCGCAGCAGGAGGACGAGGUAGUCGCCGCCGACUUGCCGUCUUUUAGCAGCGGCGACAAGAGGAGGACCGAUCAAGAUGAGGCGGCGGCGCUGGGAACAAGGGACCGGAGCAGCGAGCAAGCGUCCUCGGAUCAGCUGCCGUUCCGAAAACCGAGGGUGUCCGUGCGUGCGCGAUCGGAAGCACCAAUGAUUAGCGAUGGAUGCCAGUGGAGAAAGUACGGGCAGAAGAUGGCGAAGGGAAACCCAUGCCCGAGAGCUUACUAUCGCUGCACAAUGGCGAUCGGAUGCCCAGUGAGGAAGCAGGUGCAGCGGUGCGCCGACGACAAGACAGUCCUGAUCACGACCUAUGAGGGCAACCACAACCACCAGCUGCCGCCGCAGGCAACAACCAUGGCCAACACUACAUCCGCAGCCGCCGCCAUGCUCCUCUCCGGGCCGGCAACCAGCCGCGACGGCGCCGCCCUCUUUGGCCACCCCGCGGUCUUCCACCACCACCAGUCCUUCCCCUACGCCUCCACCGUGGCCACGCUCUCCGCCUCCGCUCCGUUUCCCACCAUCACCCUCGACCUCACGCAGCCGCCCGCUGGCGCGAACGGCAUGCCGCACCGCAUGCCGUCAGUCCAGCAGCAGCCUCCGGCCAUGCCGUUCGCGGCACCGCCGCAGCUGGCCAUGUACCUACAGCAGAGGGCGUCCACGGUAUUCCCAGACAGGCCUGCACUUGGCCUGGACGCGCGGCAGCAGUCGAUGAUGGAGACGGUGACCGCGGCGAUCGCGGCCGACCCUAACUUCAGCACGGCGUUGGCGGCCGCUAUCUCGUCGGUCAUGGCUGGAGAUGCCCAUCGGCAGGAUCAUCCGCCUAUUUCCCAUGGCAGUACUUUUGGAGAAGGCCACGGUGACGGCGCCGCCGGUGAUGGUUCCUCCACGCCCGCGGCUGGAUCACAUGUGGUGGCGGCAUCCGGCGGGUCGCCUCGGCUUGCGACGCAGUCUUGCACCACGUCAAUUACUUGAGGACAUGAGGUCAAAUAGUUCCUAGUGGGUGCGGAUUGAUCUGUGUUGCGCCGUUAUUAUCUUGUGAUCAUUAUGAGUGUAUAUAUUUACUGAAAUUAUGAUGCGGAGUGGUACUAGGUAAUCUAAAU